CGUGUGUGCUGCUGCGCCUGAGCCCAAGGGGCGAGGAGUCUGAGCAAAUGGCCAUGCCUUCGAGCGGCUGUUUGUUCUUCUCAUCAUCUCCUGCCACCCUACUCCUCCGUCCGGCCCUUCCUCGUUUGUCGCUUCCAACUCGUCGCCCACCUCGCCCUCGACAGCACAUCAGUCUCCACCGCCGCGCUACCCAUCAAGGGAAGCCUCCGGGCACCAACCCGGCGGCCGCGUCCUCACAAUCAUCUCCCGCAACGCAUGAAACCUUAACAGAUGAGUUGAAAUGGGAAGAGGCGCUGCCGUCAUGCUUGCAGAGGGAGUCGCUGCCGAGGCACGUGGCCAUCAUCAUGGAUGGCAAUUCCCGGUGGGCCCGAGACAAGGGUUUGCCCGUCUCCGCUGGCCACGAGGCCGGGUACAGGUCCCUCAAGGAGAUCAUCAGGCUUUCUUGCCUUUGGGGCAUCCGAGCACUCACCGUCUUUGCCUUCUCCUCCGAGAAUUGGUUCCGUCCUAAGGCCGAGGUCGAUUUCCUAAUGACCUUAUUCCAAGGUGUUCUCACGGAGAACUUUGACAUCUUUGUCAGGGAAGGCAUUAAAGUUCGAAUAAUUGGUGACUCCGCAAAACUUCCAAAACCUUUGCAGCAGCUUGCAAAGGAAAUACAGGAUGUUACUGUGAACAAGACUAGGUUUGAAUUGAUUGUUGCAGUCAGCUACAGUGGAAGACAAGACAUAGUACUAGCUUGCCAAAAGAUUGCUCAGAAGGUAAAGGAUAGGCUACUUGAGCCUGACGAAAUCACGGAAUCAUUGUUUGCACAGGAAUUAGAAACAAACCAUUCCCGAGAUUUUCCCUACCCAGACUUGCUUAUUCGAACUAGUGGUGAGCUGAGAUUGAGUAACUUCUUGCUGUGGCAAUCAGCAUACUCGGAACUUUACUUUACAAAGUCUAAUUGGCCUGAUUUUGGGGAGGCUGACUAUAUUGAGGCCUUACAAUCUUUCCAGAGAAGGCAGAGGCGCUUUGGUCAACGAAUAUCGUAGAAUGACGCCUCCAGUGAUGUCAUUUUCAUGCAAGUAAAUUUAUAUGCUCUAGUAUGUUGCCAAAGGUCUCUUUUGGCCUACUUAAUGGAGAAGCUCAGUGUGCAUGCAUGCUAGUCAUCCAGCCUUCUUUUGGGUGCUUCUGGUUCUGGAGACUACUGAUGCAUGCAGGUCUAGUGGAUUUGAUGAAGAAUACACAAGUUGGAGAAUGUGUAGAACUCUAUAUUGCCGCAUCACCCAAUUUGGUGUCAUCUUAUUUCCUAAUUUAGCUUUAAGCAUAUCAUACGUUCUAUUUAGCAGCAUACUAAUAUGUAAUCACAUUCUCAAGUGGCAAACUAUGACACAUUGGUGUCAUGAGAUGGGUUAAUUGGUUGACUUGUGUUGAAGUGUUACAGAUGCUUCACCCAGUGUCUGGUACACCAAGUUACCCUUGAUUGUUAGCAGCCGUGACCUUCAGAACGUCUUUAUACAAUGUGGGCUUGUUUUAUUUGUUAAAUUGAUAGUCUCUGUUGUUGGUUAA